AUGGCCACCUUGGUCUCCGACUUGCUUCGAGGAGCACAAAGACAAGUUCGACGGUUCUCUUCAGGGUUCGCCACUGAAGAGCCCGAUAUACCCACGCCAUUUACCACUUCACAACACCAGAGAACGAGAUCCGACGGGGCGGCGAUUCCCAAUUCUGUGUUCGAGGACGAAGAGGACAACUAUAGGAGGAGUCUGGAUGGAAAUAUUUUGGGUAGAACUGUAGCCUCCCCGGUGGCUGUCGCAACAAUAACUACACCAACCAAUGCCGCACCAAAUUCAUAUCCGAGGUCGGGGGAAGGCGCCGAUGUCGCAUCUGCCGCAUCAGAAGUAGGACAUCAUGGACAAGCCCCAGUUCCGCCAACAUCCGCAGCGGCGUACGACUCAACACCGCCGGCGCGACCGUCGUUGACUUCACCGAUCUCUGCCCCAGCGCCAGAAUGGUCUGCGCAGGCAGUACAACAGGGCCUCCUCGGGCUUCCUUAUAUCCCCUCCCGUGUGGACUCCGAUGCUCGAUCCCAGGCUGGGGAGUUACCAGAAGACGACGGCAAGAGCGCGCUGAGGAAGAGGAUACAGGCGAUUCAGAACCAGGCCGACAUCUCGCAGGCUCUCAAAGCGCAGCUUAUACACCAGGUUAUGACGGAGGAGUAUUAUCACCAGUCUCCACAUGCGCAUGACGGCACUAUGGGCAUGCGCCCAGAAUCGCCCAGCGGUCGGAGCGUGCGCAGUGUGCACAGCGUCAAGAGCGCCCGCAGCGCGCAUAGCUACGGCCGCGAGCAAUCAUCGAACCGGGAUUGUGAUUCGUUUGGAGCAUUGCAGACGGCCUUCAAGUUCUGGAACCCUCUUGGAGGCGAAGGCGGAAUUGGCGACGAGGCUGCCCUGAACAUCCACGUUACCGAGGAAGAUCUCAAGCCGACCUAUGUUCCCAAAGUCGCCCCAAGACGUGACGAUUGUGGACCGCGAGAACUCGAUGUCAGUCUUUUAUACGCGAUGGCGCAGGGGAUACGGCCCGAGGAAGAAACAGAGGAUUUGGAUGAGAGCGGCCAGCCCGUUCUCAGGCUUGGUUGCAAACAUUACCGGCGCAAUGUGAAGCUGCAAUGUGCCGCCUGUGAUCGGUGGUAUACGUGCCGACUCUGUCACGACGAGGCGGAAGAUCACACUCUGCCGCGACGGGAGACACGCCACAUGCUGUGCAUGUUGUGCGGUCGCGCCCAAAAGGCCUCGCAUACCUGUGUUGGCUGUAACCAGUCGGCGGCCUCAUACUAUUGUAAUAUUUGCAAACUAUGGAACGACGAUCGGAACAAACCUAUCUAUCACUGUAACGAUUGCGGGCUCUGCCGAGUCGGACAUGGCCUGGGCAAAGACUUCUUCCAUUGCAAGAAAUGCUCAGCAUGCGUCUCUACGCGUACUGAGCACCGAUGUGUCGAACGGUCCACCGACUGCGAUUGUCCCAUCUGCGGCGAAUACCUGUUCAGCUCCCCGCGACCGGUUGCAAUCAUGAAAUGUGGCCAUACCAUUCACCAACACUGUUUCAACGCGUAUAAGCAGACAUCGUACAAGUGUCCAGUCUGCAACAAGACUUGCGUCAACAUGGAGAUUGAGUUUCGUAGGCUCGAUAUUCUCAUUGCCACCCAGCCCAUGCCCGAGGAGUACCAGGACGCCCGGGCUGUUAUCUCGUGCAACGACUGCAGUGCCAAAAGCCAGACAAGGUACCAUUGGCUGGGACUGAAGUGUUCGGUCUGUCAUUCGUACAACACAGUCGAGCAUAAGCUGCUCCAUAUGCCUGGCGUUAAUGACGAUGAGGAUGAAGGGGGGCCCAGGGCUACCAUUGGGUCGAGUGGUGUCAACGGAACAGGGCAAGGAGUGAGUGUCCUGCCAGUUGCACUUGACGAGCAUGUUCUUCAGAACGCAGCAACAGCCGGCGGUAGACGACCUUCAGUUACGCAAUGCGCCGAUAUAACCAGAGAACAAUCCCGGAGCAUUUUCCACUCGGACCCCAUCUCACCUCCGCGACGUUCAGCCCUAGCAGGCCUCUUCGCUAACCGGAACCGACAAUCCCCCUCCUCCUCCGCCGACCAACCUCAAACAUCCACUUCCACCAACCUCCCUACAACCCCUUCACCGUCCAACUACUUUCCGCGUCCCUCCUCUUUCGCUCCUUCCUCCCCGGCUGCCACAGCCGCCGCGGUGCUCGCUUCUGCUGCCGCCUUCGUUGGGUUCGGCGGUUACUCAGCAUCUGCUCCUUCUGGCGCAGCAGCCACUACCACCACGAUCCCGGGCCGCGCUGCAACCGGGACGACGACAAGGACGAGGACAAUGACACGAACAAGAGGCAGGUCAGUAAACGAAGCUGGUAUUGCGGCAGAUGGGACAACAACAACAACAACAACAACCGCAGGCGCGGAUUACAACUCGGAUGACUAUACCGACGACGAUCAGGAAAGUCGAUGGGGAGAAGACAUGGUGACCUUCGAAGACGUACUCGGUUUCUUAGGUAGGUCGCCGAGGGGGCUGGUCCCUGUUCCCAGGGAUGGACACACCUCUAUUAGGGAUCUAGUAGAAGAGGAGGACGAUGAGGAUGAGGAAGAGGAGAGUGAAGAGGAUGAUGAUGAUGAUGAUGAGAACGACGAUCUUGAAGACGAAGAAGAAGAAGAAGGGGUUGGAGGGUUUGAGCUCGAUCUCAUCGGUCAUAGGUGA